CGGGGUACGGCGCGUGGGAUGGCGCCACCGGUUGAGUUCACCCUACCGCUGGGAACGGUGAAUCGAGUUGUCAAGGAGGCUCUGGGCGACAAGGCGGGUUUGACAAAGGAAGCGAAGGAGACGAUUCAAGCUGCAGCGGGUGUGUUUGUUCUGUAUCUAACUGCUGCGGCAAAUGCAGAGUGCAAGGCAAAAAAACGGCAGACAAUCUCUACCCAGGACGUCAUCAAAGCUUUGCACGAUAUCGACAUGCACUCAUUCGUGGCACCCGUCGAAACGUUCCUGCAUGCAGCCAAGGCGGCCGCGAAGAAACCCGUCGCCAUAGCGAGCCGUUCAAUCGAUCCAGCAGAAUACAUCGACGACGCUGCUCCAAACGUAUCCAUCGAAGAAGAUGACGAAACUAAGGAAGACUUGAAGGAUGACGCCAUGAAUGGCAAUUUCUAAAACACAACUACAAUUGCUCCAUGUCGACAUCUCCUGCAUCUGUAGCUGUUCGGACCUCCAUCGUGCCGCGCGUUCGUCGAGCGUCUUUCAGCAACACACGGUCGUAGGUCAGUGAUCACUAUUUUUUGUGCUUGAUCUUACCUCCAUGCGCGAUGACGGCGGCGGCGGCACUGCCCACAGCCUCCCUUGCUUCCGCGUACUGUAGACCCAUCAGCAUGCCAAUAUUAAUGAUAUCGUAUGGGGAACGUAGCAGCAUGUGCCGCACGGCACUGCUCGAAAAGACCAAAUUUCGUCCUUUGGUCACACGGAUGAGGCUGCUGGCAUUGGAGAAGAAGUAGCGCCGGCUGCUCGAGUCUGGAAAUGAAUGAGGCGGCAUGCGACCUUUCCACGGAGCGUACCGCCCAGGGCUUGCAUGUAUUUCACUUCGAAGUAGAUGCCGCGCUUGAUGGCCAAGUCGACCUAUC